UCAGUGAAGAAAAACUUAUGGAACGUAUGAUAGCAGCUUUCAUCAAUCAGGAUGCUCUAACCAGUACUAUAGAUCUCCAUGUUGAACUUCAAAGUAUCAUAGAAGGGAGAAGAUUCUUUCUUGUACUUGAUGAUGUGUGGGAUGAUAUACAUGCUAUCUGGAGUAACUUACGGAGGAUACUGAGCAAAGGAGCGCCUGGAAGUGUAGUCUUGGUAACAACUCAAUUGUACGACGUUGCCAGUUUCAUGGCAACUACAUGCCCUGUGGUAUUGGAUCCUCUAGAGUCAUAUGACUUGUGGAAACUUAUCAAGCAUUAUGCAUUUGCUAAGCCCUGUAAUUACCAAUAUGCAGAAGCUCUGGAACUCAUCGGAAUAAAUAUAGCAGCCAAAUUACAUGGCCUACCUCUGGCAGCAAAAAUAAUAGGGACAUUAUUGAGAAGUAAUGUAGACGAAGGUCAUUGGAAUAGAUUAUUAGAAAGUUGGUGGUGGAAGAUUUCAAAUAAAAUCGUAUGUGCCAACAUUAUAUCAUCACUUGGAAUCAGCUAUUGUAGCUUACCUGAAUAUUUGAGGCAGUGCUAUCUAUUUCUUUCCAUUUUCCCGAGAAAUUAUGUAUUUGAAAAAUACAAGCUGAGUCAGAUGUGGAUAGCCAGUGGUUUCAUUCAACCUAACAAUAUUUCUGGUUCCCAAAGGUUAGAGGAUAUAGCUGGUCAAUGGUUUGAUGAACUUGUCAAUUUGGCCUUUCUAGGACCAUCGGGAUGCAAAACUGGAUUUGUUAUGCAUGAUUUGGUUCGAGAUUUUGCACUUGCUUUAUCUUCUAAUGAAUUCCGUGGUGUGAAGACAGUCAAUGAUUCUUCACAAAUUCUUCAGUAUUUGUCCAUUGAAAUGGACGAUUUGAAUGUGAAGCUGUCCGACUUUGAAAUCAAGCAUUUAAAACCAAUAAUGUUUUUUGCUGACUCUGGUCAAUGUAGCUCUUCUGAUGUUCCUUAUAAAGUUGAAGAGAGGCCCAAAAGCCUAUGCAUAUUGGAUUUCUCUUGUAGUAAGUGGUGUGCACCGACAUCAUACCUGGGACAGGACACAGGAGCUACAAUACGCACCAUCAAUGCUAUAAGUAGAUUGAGGCAUCUCAAAUAUCUAGACCUUUCUUUUACUGGGAUCAAUAUACUGCCUGAUUCAAUAUGCAGUUUGUGCCACCUCCAGGUUCUUGGCUUGAGAGGAUGUAAAUUUGACAAAUUACCUGGAAACAUGAAUCGGCUGAUCAAUCUACGUCACUUGCAUGCUAGCUCGGACACAAUUGCUCAAAUCAAUGGCAUUGGCAAGCUAGCUAAGUUGCAAGAGCUACAUGAGUACCGUGUUAAAGCAGAGGAUGGUCACAGGAUAACUGAGCUCAGUAAGAUAAACGAUUUGAGAGGUUCCCUUCGUAUCUCAGAUCUUGAGAUAGUGACUGAUGCCGAAGAGGCGCGUGUUGCUAACCUAGAUCAGAAGGUCUACAUUACAGCUUUGGAGUUAAGAUGGUCCGAUGCUUUGUCGAUAGAUACUAGACCCUAUCUGUCCAAUAAAACACUUGGGUGUUUGCGUCCUCCAAGAUAUCUGCAAGACCUAAAACUUGAUGGCUACUCAGGAUUUGAUUUUCCAGAAUGGGUCGGAGAUAUGGGACAACUUAGACAUGUACGAGCCGUAGAGUUAAGUUCAUGUAAAAACGCGUGCAAUCUUCCUCCACUUGGACAACUCGAGCAUCUCAAAAUACUCAAGUUGCAUCGGUUGCCUGGAAUAACGGCUAUAGACUCCAAAUUUUGUGGAAGCUCAGACGUGGUCUUUCGAUCCUUGGAGGAGCUGAGCUUUAAGGAUAUGGAGAGCUGGGUGAGCUGGACAUAUGAAGGGGGUAGAGACUUCAUUCCGAACCUACAAAAGCUGCAGAUACGUUCAUGCAAACAUUUGAGAAAGGUGCCUUUCGAGUCCUUGGGCUCAGCCACGAAAGAGAUACUUAUAGAUUGUGGACUAUAUGAUGAUACGGGUGAUAUGGUUUCAAGGUAUUUGCAAGGGCUAAAUGGUCUGUCCCGUUUAGAGCUAUGUGGCUACAACUACCAAUGGUCUGGAAGCAAAUUAUUCCUUCCAUGUAAACAAUUGAUGUCCUUGGAGUAUCUAGACAUCAAAGAAUUUGAAGAUGUGUGCAUUAUAGGUGGACUGUGGCAUAUAAGAAACCUGAAGGAUCUACGGAUUAUUGGUUGCAACAUAAGGAUUGCAGAAUUAGAUGAGGACAAGCAAGCCCCAAUUCAGAUCGAUCGCGUUAUGUAUUCUCUCACUCACCUUACCUUGGGUGGCACUAAACGGCACGUACUUCCUGUUCCUGAAAAUGUCUUCCCCCACACUCCCUCCCUCCGAAAUCUGCGCCUCUACGGUUUGCACAGCCUUACUAGCAUUACUGAGAAGUGGCUUCAGCAUCUCACAUCUCUACAGGAGCUGGAGCUUUCUUGGUGCCACGGACUUCCAUCAGGAUUGGCCUCUCUAUCAUCCUUGAAUAGGUUCAUUCUGAAGCACUGCGGCCAGAUUCACUCAAUACCGUCAAGCAGCCUGCCAGGUAACCUGAAAGAGAUGCGAAUAGAGGGGUGCUCGCAUCAACUAGAGCAACAUUGCCGGAACCCAAGUGAUGAGGUCUGGCAGCAGCAGGGGCAGAGGAUGUUGUACUGGCGGAAUAGUAAGAUUCGGGAUUGGCCUCGGGCCAAGAUGCACGAGAGAGAAGAUCGGCGACAUCCUUGGUUUCACCAGGAGAGGACAGAUCAGGCAAAUUUGUGGUCUAGAAAGCAUCAGGUGGACGAACAGUCGUUCAGCGAGGUGGAGAAUCCGUCGAGUGUGGACGCGCAGCUAGAAGAAGAAGAACAGGAGUGGCUGAAAGAGGAGGAACGCAAGUUCCUCGCAACCAUGGGAAAGGACUGGCCAAGCAUUUGUCACGUUCCCUACAUCCGUGUGAACGGGCGCAUCGUACAGAAUCUUUAUACCUGAAGCUGCAGCCUCUUCAGAUGCUGCCCAAACCCCCCCAUUUUCCUGCUUCACAAUUUACAUCUUCCAGAAAGGGAGAUUUUGCAUCUACCAAGAUAAUGCUUUUGCUUUGAGCAUCAUCUACUCACCUUGCGCACUUGAGGCUGUGUACUCGUGUCUUGGUAAAUGCAUGGAGACAAUCUUCAGGCGACUUCGGUCGGCCGUUUGAGGAAUGGUGGUCGACGGCGAGGACAUGUUUCAAACCGAAGUUCAGGAAAUCCUUUGACACCGGCAGGCGGCAGCCUGCUAAUUUGUUGGUUGAUCUGGAAGGAACGUAACGCUCGUAUCUUCGAGAGCAAAACGAGAUCACCGACUCAGUUGUUCAACGAAAUUAGAUGUGAAAUUGCCACAUGGGCGGAAGCGGGGUUCUUUGAUCAUUGUGAGUAGUCCACCAACCCCCCUCUGUUAGAGUUCCCCCGGUUUUCAUCGGUCUCAGCAAGCUCUGCUGAGUUUUGUAAACUCAUCAUGUACAUGCUUCCCCAAUCUUAAUGAAAUUGGUUAACCCGGUCUGUGUUUUCC